AUGUUGUCCAGAACUUUGUUGAGAGCUGCUAUGCCAGUAAGAGCCGUUGCUCCGGUUAUGAUGAGAGCUGCUGUUGCCCCAAGAGUUGGUCAAUUACAAUCUCAAUUUGUUUCUAUCAGAAAGUACUCCGAUGCACACGAAGAAGAAACCUUUGAAGAAUUCACCGCCAGAUACGAAAAGGAAUUCGAAGAGGCUUACGAUUUAUUCGAAGUCCAAAGAGUGUUGAAUAACUGUUUCUCUUACGAUUUGGUUCCAGCCCCAGCUGUUAUCGAAAAGGCCUUGAGAGCCGCCAGAAAGGUUAACGACUUGCCAACUGCUGUCAGAGUGUUCGAAGCCUUGAGAUACAAAGUUGAAAACGAAGAUCAAUACAAGGCUUACUUGGAUGAAUUGAAGGAUGUUAGAGAAGAAUUGGGAAUUCCUUUGAAGGAGGAAUUGUUCCAAUAA